GCUCGACCGUGUUUCUUUUCUGCACCUUCUAGUCGAUAUGCCGCAGACCAUCGCUCUGCAGGUCCAGAGUUUGAACAUUCGCGGCCUGUAGCCGCAAGUACGUCUCCACUUCAGCUUUGCAAAACAGCUGCCGCAAUCACGCAUUUGGCUCUGGAAAAUGAGACAGAAAGCUCAUGGAUAGCCGGACGGACAGCCGGAACCGAGAAACCUCAGGGGGUUAUAGAAGAGCGAUUCCUCGUAUCGUGCGCAGUGGAGUGCCAACGAAUGUCGAGGAACUUCGACACCUCCAUUCGACCAUAAUCUCCAUGAUUUGGAAUCCGUAGAAUUUGCAGGUCGGAGAUCGUUCGGAAAGGAUCGGAAGGAUUGUUGGCCACCGUAGCGUUGGUGCAAAAUGUGGGAGAUUUGCAAGAGAGCAGGGAAUGGAGGAAUGGAAAAGGCGCAGAGGGCGUGGAUGAUGGUCAGGAGCGCGACAUUUUCUGGCAGUGCGGGCCUAUGGGCUGGGGAGGUGAAGGUUUUAGGAGGAAAAGGAUGGACUGGGAGUGUGAGUAGUGGUGGUUUGCUGCCGUUGAAUGGGAUCAGUGACAACAAAGGAUCUAGGAAGGACAGGACCAGGUUGGGACGAGGAAUUGGAUCUGGCAAAGGGAAGACAGCCGGAAGAGGGCACAAAGGUCAGAAAGCGCGUAGUGGACACAAACCUAGGCUAGGAUUUGAGGGUGGACAGACUCCUCUUCGGCUCAGAAUUCCAAAGAGGGGUUUUACCAACACUCUUGGGCAAUCAUAUCAGCCCGUGAACCUGAACAAAAUAGCUGAGCUUGUGAGCAAAGGUCGGAUCGAUGCGUCGCAACUUAUCACAAUGAAGACUCUGAAGGAUGCAGGGGCUGUUGGAAAAAAGAUGCUAGACGGUAUGAAGCUGCUUGGAAGAGGAUCCGAACAUUUUUCGUUACCUAUCCACAUUGAGGUCAGCAGAGUGUCUGAGCGUGCCAAAGUAGCGAUUGAAGCUGCCGGAGGAAGUGUCCGAAGGGUACAUUACAAUCAGCUUGGACUUAAAGCUUUGCUUGAUCCAGAUUGGUUCCACAAGAAAGGUCGCCUCUUGCCUCAACCUGCGCGUCCACCUUUGAAGGUGAUACCAAAAGUUGACGGAAUCGGGUCGUUGCCAGCUCCUGUUACUCCCCCACCAUCUGCUCCGACUAUCCCCGAGACCACUGUUUCAGCUUAAAUGGAGCUCUCAGCUAUCAUGUUUUCUCGUCAUUUACUGAACAAAGGUGGGCUCUGUACAUAAAAACGAUCGCUUUUACACUUUUUGGUCGAAGGUGUGUUCUGGUAUUGGGCCUGCCACCACAAUUGCAAUCUGUGAGGAAGUUUUGAUACAAUCAUUGGUCAAUGAUUUAGGCGAGGUUCAGAUUUGUUAGAGAGACUUUUUAGUGUAGAAGCAGGUCCACGAUUAUUUAGCAAAAAUAAAUCCGAAAUUUUCACAUUCGAAUUUGCCUCGAAUCGUUCAAAGUUACGGUUUCUGUUCACAGUUUUUACUACACGUUUUAAGCAGUAUUCUCCUCUGCAGAUAUUCCUUCUGUGCAAGCUGGAUUAAUACUGUAUGUCCCAAAGAUACCUAUGAAAUGUAACGUGAAGAUGCAAAGAGCCAGUCAUUUACUAAGUUAUUUUGCUCUGUUGGAAUUUCGCGAUAUAGCAAAUGAACAGAGCAAAUGUAUGGCUUCCUCAGAUGAAUUUAAUACUUCAGCUUCACGCAGAGCUGGGG